GCUUGGUCUAACUACCGAGAUGGUUGAAUUUACUCAGCUAACGUGGUUCCUAGAAGACCCAUGUGUUUUCUUAAAAAUAAUAGGUUAUUAAACCUCUACAUCUUCCCAUCAACAAAGCUCCAAUAUCAAAGCAAGCUCACAAGCCCCCGAAUCCACGUGUCCUUUAUACCAAACCUGUUAAAUCCAUCGAUCACGAUACUGCCUCCCGAGGCCUACUACCCUUCCAAAGUACAAAAAAGCCAACCUGCUACCCAACUCAAUGUAAGAACAGAUGUGCAUUGAGAGCUCUUUCUUGUUCUUUUGGAUGGGUGAUGCAACAAAAGAGGCCGGUCUAAGCGAUCAAUCGCUGCGAAAAGCGAGACUUUGCUGCUUGCUGCUAUUGACAAG